AUAAAGAUGCUUUCAGAGGAAGGGAAGGGGAAAUACUCGCCUCUGGCAGGGUCUGUGUGGGGACAGGGCAGCUGCUUGGCACAUCCAGAGGUUUGCUUUCUGAAUCCACCAAGGUCCUCACCAUGCCCACCCUCUCCCCUGAAUCAAUUCCAGAAGGGUUUGAGUAUGAUGAGUCUGCUGAAGCCUGUUUUACGGGGGACAUCGUGGACUUUGGGACGGUUUUCCUGCCCAUAUUCUACUCCGUUGUCUUUAUCUUUGGCCUGGUGGGAAAUUUGCUGGUGGUGCUUGCCCUCACCAACAGCCAGAAACCCAAGAGUAUCACUGACAUUUACCUCCUGAACCUGGCCUUGUCUGAUCUGCUCUUUGUAGCCACCUUACCCUUCUGGAUUCACUAUGUGAUAAGUGAACAAGGCCUACACAAUGCCACGUGCAAACUCACUACUGCCUUCUUCUUCAUCGGCUUCUUUGGGGGUAUUUUCUUCAUCACCAUCAUCAGCAUUGAUAGGUACCUGGCCAUUGUCCUGGCUGCCAACUCCAUGAAAAACCGGACCAUGCAGCAUGGCGUCACCAUCAGCCUCGGCGUCUGGGCAGCAGCCAUUUUGGUGGCGGCACCCCAGUUUAUGUUCACAAAGCAAAAAGAAGAUGAAUGUCUUGGCGACUACCCAGCAGUCCUCCAAGAUAUCUGGCCUGUGCUCCGCAACGUGGAAGUAAAUUUUCUUGGCUUCCUGCUCCCCCUGCUCAUUAUGAGCUACUGUUACUUCAGAAUCAUCUGGACACUGUUUUCCUGCAAGAACCACAAGAAAGCUAAAGCCAUUAAACUGAUCUUUCUGGUAGUCAUCGUGUUUUUCCUCUUCUGGACACCCUACAAUGUUCUGAUUUUCUUGGAGACCCUCCGGCUCUAUGACUUCUUUCCCAGUUGUGACAUAGAGAGGGAUCUGAGGUUGGCUGUCAGUGUGACUGAGACAGUUGCGUUCAGCCACUGUUGCCUCAAUCCCUUCAUCUAUGCAUUUGCUGGAGAGAAGUUCAGAAGAUAUCUUUACCACCUGUAUGGGAAAUAUCUGGCUGUGCUGUGUGGUCGGUCAGUCCACGUCAGUUUAUCCCCAUCUGAAUCACAAAGGAGCAGGAGGGAAAGUAUUCUGAGCAGCAAUCUUACUCAACAUACAAGCGAUGGAGAUGGGUCCAUCCUUCUCUGAAGAGAUCCCCAAAGCCAUGGCCCUACAGAGAGCCUAGAGUUUCUGAUUCUGACACAGAAUAAGGGCAGUUUUUUGUUUUUUGCAUGCAAGAAAUGUUUUUGAGCAUUGUGCUCAAAAUUUGAAUGAUAAGGAGUAAACAUGUCUCUUCUCACAAAUGUUGGUUUACAAAUGACAAAACUUCAACCCAGACUAGCUUAACUGCAAAGAGGAUGGUGAGCCCUUAGAGUGAAUGGAAACCAGGGCUUAAGCCCAGCUAGAAUUUCCUCUCUCUGACUCUCAAAUCAUGGUGGCAAAUCUCCCAGACCCACAUGUCACAACUUUGCCAUCAGAGAGGGACAGAGACCCAUCUCGCUCUGAUCCUAAGGUCAAAAUUCCCAGGGAAGGGCUCUGAUUGGCAAGUUUAUAUCAUGUGCCCACACCCGGACAAGGUGAUGGUAUUCAUGGGGAAGGGAUAUAUAAGAAUGCAGCUGCCUUUCCAAUCUCAUGAUUAGAAGUGGAGGAAGACAUAUUUCUACAAACCUUACCUGACCACAUCAGCCUGCACACACUGCCAGUCUCCUCUUCACUAAACUCCUUUUAAUCACGACCCUAAACCUACAAGGGUUUCCCAGUGCCCACUGCAACAUGACUAAACUCAAGUACCUGGCUUCUGAGACCACCCAUCAUGUGGUCCCACUAACAGAUUCCCCAUUGUCUCCUCUCUUCCCAAAAAGACUCCACAAGCCCUGUCAGCCAGUCCCUUCCAGACAGCCUCACACAUCUCCACCUACUUCCAGGCCUAGGGGGAGAAACAGAAAGAAACAAAAGUGAGAAGGGCUCGAUUCUGGUCCUAACUCCACCACUUGCCCACUGACUAGCUUGAGGCCAAUUGGGUUUCAGUUUCAUCUGUAGAAUGGGGGUAAUGGUACCUCACACGUAGGGAGCAUCCUUUCCAGCAUGAGGAUCCAUCUACUAUCUCUGACAGAUCCCGACCCUCUUGUCUGGUUCCCAGACUUCAGCUCUUCCCCUGCCUGGCACAGUUACACCAUGCCCAGGCAGUGGUGCUGACAGAGCUUGGAGAAGCCUGCAGGCUGUGCUGCAUGACACAACCCAUGCUCAGAGGAAGCUGGUUUCCUACAGUGACAUUCAAUGAACACUCCCAGAUCUACAAAUUGACAGCCUUCCUUGGUCCAACCAUUCCAGACUGCCUUGAACAUUUCCUCCCAAUCUCUCCAUGCCACGCCCCUGCCCAUCUGGAGAGAACUCUCAACGUCCAUCCUACUGCCAACCUGUAGAGCCAGGGCCAAGGGAGCAACUUUCUGCUUUUCAGUAAACAUUCUGGAUGGUUUGAAGUUUGAAAAACAAUUAUAAUAAUAUUUAAGAAAAUAUUUUCUGCAAUACUUUCAUUCCUGCAUUUGUCCAUCUAGACCUUGUUCACACUCAAACAUGUUUGGAAUUGCAAAAUAAUGUACAAAAAGCUUUUUUUCCCUCUUAACAUUAAACCCCAAAUAGCUCUCUGUUUCUAUGUAGCUUUGUAAUUAUCAUUUUAGAAGGCUUUGCCAGACUGUGCACUCACUGAAGGCAGAAGUAAUAUCAGAUUCUUUGCUAUAUGGAUACCUCCUUCUCAGUCAGUAUUUUUGUUUAAUGAAAAAGAGAAUGAAUAAAUCAUGUUCCAGAUCAUGUA